AUGGACGUCCUGGCUUUAGAAGCAAAGAAUGCAAAUGGGACAGAGCCCGAGAAGAAGUCUUCAUCCAGGCCCAGGCCCAAACCACCAAAAAAGCCCAAGAGAAUCGUUUACUUUGAGGUGGAGAUCGUGGAUGUGAAGACUAAGGAGAAACUGCUUCUGCUUGAUAAGGUGGAGCCAACUGCAACUAUACUGGAUAUUAAGGCUUUGUUCCACAAAUCAUAUAAGAAGUGGUACCCAGCCAGACAGUCACUACGUUUGGAUCCAAAGACAAAAUGUCUCAGGGAUGACGAAAUACUCCAGACACUUCCUGUGGGAACUACAGCGAGCUUCUACUUCAGCGACCUUGGACCACAACUCACGUGGGGGACUGUGUUCCUAGCCGAGUGUGUGGGUCCUCUGGUCAUCUAUUUAAUGUUCUACUUUCGCCUCCCCUUCAUCUACGCUCCUAAAUAUGACUUCACUGCCAGCAAGAACUGGGUCGUUCAUUCCGCUUGCAUCUGUCACUCUUUACAUUACAUCAAAAGGAUUCUGGAGACGUUAUUUGUCCACCGCAUCUCGCAAGGGACUAUGCCUCUCCGGAACAUAUUUAAGAAUUGUGGCUUCUAUUGGUGUGCCGCGGCCUGGAUGGCAUACUACAUCAACCACCCGCUCUACACGCCACCACUAUAUGGGCAGCAGCAGGUGAAUGUCGGGCUUUACACUUUCUUGUUUUGCCAAUUUGGGAAUUUCUCCAUCCACGUCGCGCUUCGUAAUCUCAAACAACCAGGUUCAAAAGUGAAGAAAAUUCCUUACCCAACAAAGAACCCUUUCACGUGGAUUUUCUGGCUGGUGUCCUGUCCAAACUACACAUAUGAGGUGGGCUCCUGGCUAGGCUUCAGCGUGAUGACACAGUGCCUGCCUGUGGCUCUCUUCACGCUGGCCGCCUUCGUGCAGAUGAGCGUGUGGGCCCGAGGCAAACACCGUGGCUACUUGAAGGAGUUCAAGGACUAUCCCACCCUGCGCUCUCCCAUACUGCCGUUCAUCCUUUAG